GCCGCCCGCCGCCCGCCCUGAGCGCCCGGCGGAGACCGCGGGGUCCGCAGCGCUCUGCCCGCGGGUUCCAUUGAGAAAAGCCGAACGGCGGCGGCGGUGGCGGCGGCGGCGACUGCGCGAAGCAGAAGAGCCAGCAGCAGCCUGCCGCCCGCCGCCCCCGGCGGUCCGCGCGCCCGAGCGCAGGGCCUUGCCUCCGGCCUCCGCAGCGGCUCCCAGCCGGGCGCUGCGCGCCGGGGGCGGGCCAGGGCGGCCGCGGAGCUCGGGGGCCGGGGACAUGAGCCGCUCCGCGGCUCCUCCGCGCCCCCGCCGCCCGCCGCCGCCCUCCAGGGGCUAGAGGCGGCCGCCGGGAGGGCGCGCGGCGCCGGAGACAUGUCCAGGAGGAAACAGAGCAACCCCCGGCAGAUCAAGCGUUCGCUUGGAGAGAUGGAGGCUGGAGAAGAGGCCCAGGCUGUGGAUGCCCACCUUCCAGAGCAGAAGGCUGCAGCGCUGGAGCCCGAGGGCUCUGGGGACCCUGAGCCUCUGAGCCCAGAUGCUACUCCCCCACCGCCCCCACCCUCCACGUCCCCACAAGGCCCUGAGGAGACACCGGGGCAGGAGUCAGUGAGGAGGCCAGAGGAGGAGGUCAGCAGCCCCUGGAGUGGGCCAGACGAGUUGGAGCUGCAGCUGCAGGACGGGCAGAGGCGUGUGCGGGCUCGACGCAGCCUCGCCGAGGGUCUGUCCUGGGGCCCAUUCCGUGGGAGCAUCCGGAGUGGAGCCUCGUCCCCCGGGCAGCCCACCCCCACUCCUGCACUGGCCCUGCUGCUGGAGGACGAGGCCUGCUGGCUGAGGACGCUGCCCCAGGCCCUGACAGAGGCUGAAGCCAGCGCGGAGAUCUACAGGAAGGAUGAAGCCCUCUGGUGCAGGCUCACCAAGCCGGUGCCCGCAGGUGGACUGCUGAGCACGCUCCUCGUGGCUGAGCCCCACAAUGCCCCCCGCCACCCCGCAAAGGAGUCCUCGGAGUCCACGCACCCAGCCCCCGCCCACAGCGACAUCCAGCUUCUGCCCCAGCAGGCUGGCAUGGCGUCCAUCCUGGCCACAGCGGUCAUCAACAAAGACGUCUUCCCCUGCAAGGACUGCGGGAUCUGGUACCGGAGCGAGCGGAACCUGCAAGCCCACCUCCUCUACUACUGUGCCAGCCGGCAGAGUGCCGGCUCUCCUGCCGCAGUGGCUGCCGACGAGAAGCCCAAAGAAACCUACCCCAACGAGCGCGUCUGCCCCUUCCCCCAGUGCCGCAAAAGCUGUCCCAGCGCCAGCUCCCUGGAGAUCCACAUGCGCAGCCACAGCGGAGAACGCCCCUUCAUGUGUUUGAUCUGCCUGUCGGCUUUCACCACCAAGGCCAACUGUGAGCGGCACCUCAAGGUCCACACGGACACUCUGAGUGGUGUCUGCCACAGCUGUGGCUUCAUCUCCACCACGAGGGACAUUCUCUACAGCCACCUGGUGACCCGCCACAUGGUCUGCCAGCCAGGCUCCAAGGCUGACAUCUACUCACCAGGGACCGGGCACCCAGCUGCCAAGCUCCCCCCAGACAGUCUGGCCAGCUUCCAGCAGCACACCGCCCUGGCCUCCGCCGACACGGCCCUGGCACCCAACCCAUCACCAGGAUUGGACAGGAAGGCCCAGGCAGAGACCACCAACGGAGAGACCAGAACGGCCCCCCAGAACGGCGGCGGCAGCGAGCCGUCCGCGGCCCCCAGGAGCAUCAAGGCAGAGCCUGCGGAGGAGCCCGGGCCCGUAGCCCGGUCGCGGACGCCGUCGCCGCGCAGCCCUGGCCCCGCCCGGGUGAAGACGGAGCCGUCCAGCCCCUCUCCUGGGAGCCCUGGAACGGCCGAGCAGGGCGCUCUCUUCCUGCCGCAGCUCCCCGCCGCGCCCCCGGCCUCGGAGAUCCUGGCCAAGAUGUGCGAGCUGGUGCACGGCCGGCUGCAGACGAGCGCGGGGGAGCCGGCCGGCCUCUUCGCGGGCGCCCCCACGGGUGCCACGUGCUUCGAGUGCGACAUCACCUUCAACAACGUCAACAACUUCUACGUGCACAAGCGCCUCUACUGCUCCGGCCGCCGGCCGCCCGACGACGCGCCCCCCGCGCGCAGGCCCAAGGCGCCCCCCGCCCCACCGCGCGCGCCCCCCGCGCCGCCGCCCAAAGAGGCCGACGCGCGCUCGUCGCCAGGGCCCGGGGCGAGCGAGGACGAGGCGGGGCGCGGGGCGGGGGACGCGACCACGCCGGAGGCCGAGCCGGGCGGCCGGGGCAGCGAGGACAGCCCGAGCCCGAGCAGCGGGGCGGAUGAGGACGAGGACCCCCGCCGGACGCUGUGCGAGGCCUGCAACAUCCGCUUCAGCCGCCACGAGACCUACACGGUGCACAAGCGCUACUACUGCGCCUCGCGCCACGACCCGCCGCCGCGCCGGCCCGCGCCCGCCGGGACCCCCGGGACGCCCGCGCCCGCCGCGCCACCCGUCCGCACGCGCAGGCGCCGCAAGCUCUACGAGCUGCCCGCGGCCGGGCCCAACCCGCCCCCGGCGCCAGGCCCCGCCCCGUCCGCGGCCGGACCCGCCCCCGUGCCCCCCGCGUCAGCGUCUCCGCGACCCGGAAGCGGAAGCGGCCCCGACGCCGCCGACGGCCCCAUCGACUUGAGUAAAAAGCCGCGGCGCCAGGUGCCCGGCCCCGCGCCCUUGCCGGCCCUGGCCGACUACCACGAGUGCACGGCCUGCCGCGUGAGCUUCCACAGCCUCGAGGCCUACCUGGCGCACAAGAAGUUCUCGUGCCCCGCCGCCCCGCGCCACCUGUGCCCCGCCCCCGAGGACGCGCCCGCCGUCGCGUGCCCCUACUGCCCCCCGAACGGCCUGGUCCGCGGCGACCUGGUCGAGCACUUCCGCCUGGCGCAUGGCCUGCUGCUGGGAAAGCCUCCGCCGGACGCCCGGACGCCCUCGCCGGCCGCCCCGCGCGACGGCCUCAAUGGCCAGGAGCCGCCCCCCGGCGCAGACCACGGCAGCCCGUCGCCCGAGGCCGCGCCACCGCCCCCUUCCCACCCGGACAAGGGCGCGCUGGCCGCGGCGCCCCAAGGCAGCCACAGGCACUGCCGCCUGUGCAACAUCAAGUUCAGCAGCCUGUCCACCUUCAUCGCCCACAAGAAGUAUUACUGUUCCUCGCACGCGGCCGAGCACGUGAAGUGAGCGCCGCCACACUACAGACCGACCGGCUGCUUCACACCCCGCCGCUCCCAGCAGAGACCGGCUGCUGGGAACCGCACCAAGCAGGCGCGGCGCCCGCUUGGACCCUCGGCACUUAAUAAAGAAGUUCAGUUUGAUGAGCGCA